AGCUUUGUUUGUUUGCUUCCCAUUUCGCUUUCCCCCCCUCUUUUUAGCAUCUUCUGUCAAAAGAUCUCUUCCUCUAUUUAUGUGACAGUCACUUCACCAACUUCAUGGAUGUUCUGCUCAUGUUAAACAGGAAGCUGUAGGGACAUUGGGUUUGGAGUAUGGGUGGAAAUGGGAUUAGAGCUGUUUUGUCUCUCAGUAUUAUUGUGUUUCUUCUUGUCGGUAAUUUAGCAAGCUCAGCAACAAGUGUUCCAUCAACAGAAACGGUCAAGAAUUUGCGGUUUAGUGGUGAGGAUGCGAAUCUGUAUCAUGAGAGCAAGCGAAAAGUUCCAAAUGGACCUGAUCCUAUCCACAACAGGAAAGCAAGAACUUCAAGACUGCCACCAAGAGUUUGAUUUAGCUCCAAUACAUACGAUGUAUAUGCUGUAAACUCAUAGCUUCUGAACCCUUGCUUUGCUUUUGCAAAGAUGAAGUCUCUUCUUGCUGAGUAGGCAUUUUGGAAGGUGAAGUCUUGCUCUUUUUUUCUUUUUUUGGGAACAUUAUGUCUGAAGAUUGAUUACUUUUAGAAGUGAAGAUUGAGUCUGAUAUUAAGACUUUUUCAGGGCUUUGUAGGGUUUUGUAAUAACAUUUUGUAUUAACUCUCUUUGCCUUUUCUUUUUAAAAUUUAUUUAAGUUUUAAAGUUUGCUUUUGUUUUUCAUCUGCUAAAAAAAGCAAACCAUUAACUAAAGUUGCUCUGUUUUCUAGAACUCAUUUCCCCUCCUUAAAUUACUGAUUUGUAUCAAUAUUCUAUGCCUUGUAAUAUUAUCUUUUCACCACUACAACAACUAAAAUAUUCCAUGAUGUUUGCUUCCUAAUAAAAAAAAGCAUGUCCAUGUACA